AUGGACAAUGCUUCAGCUAUAACUGUGUUCACUCUGUCUGGUUUAAAUGGUACAGAGAAGUACAGGAUCCCUCUGUUUGUUGUAACAUUUCUGUGUUACAGUUUGAUUUGGGUGGCAAAUGUGAUUAUUAUAGUGACUAUUAUUAUGGAUAAGAACCUUCAUGAGCCUAUGUAUAUUUUGUUGUGUAACCUGUGCAUCAGUGGACUGUUUGGCACUGCAGGUUUUUACCCCAAAUUCCUCAGUGACCUCCUCUCCUCCACCCAUGUUAUUUCAUUCCCUGGCUGUCUGUUACAGGGAUUUGUGGUCCAUGCUUACAUUGGUGUUGAUUUUUCUAUUCUAUUAAUCAUGUCUUUAGACCGAUAUGUUGCCAUUUGCCGCCCUCUGGUGUACCACUCUGUAAUGACACGACAAAGAGUUGGCCUUUUAGUGCUGUAUGCUUGGCUUCUUCCAGCAACCCUGGUAAUGGUUGGUUCGAUAACAACAUUUAUUUUAAAGUUAUGUGACUCACAUAUACCCAGACUCUACUGUAUCAAUUAUUUUGUAAACAAACUUGCUUGUACUGCUUCUGUAGCCAAUUUUAUUAUACCAGCAUGUACAUAUACUAUUUAUGUGUGCCAUUUUGUGAUAAUUUUUUGGUCAUAUUUUUAUUUAAUAAGAACAUGUCGACAAUCCAAAGAAAAGAUGAGCAAAUUUAUGCAAACUUGUCUCCCACACCUGUUCUGUCUGAAAAUUCUAGGAGUCUCUCUCCUUUUUGAUUUAAUGUACAUUAGAUUUGGCUCUGUAGAUCUACCACAAGGACUCCAAAACUUUAUAGCCAUUGAGUUUCUGGUUGUUCCUCCAAUUCUGAAUCCUGUUAUCUAUGGCAUGAAGUUGACACAAGUGAGAAACAGGAUUGCACAGUUGUUUGGUAAAAGGGAUCCCAUGCCUCAUAAAGCAGAAUUUCUGAUGGUGGAGUUUGAGUCCAGCUGCCCUAAUCCACCCCAGGACCCAUUUGAGGGAACACAACACAGACAUGAAGGAGUCUCUUUGAACCAAGAUAUCAUCCAAGCCUUUUCUGCAGCUGCCUGUCUUGCCAGUGGAAGCCGCCAUGGUCUCAUUCGGCUAGGUGGUGCAUCUUCAGGGUCCCACACCCUCUUCAGACAUGGAGAAGCUGUCUUUAAACUCAAACAGCAAGUGUCAGAGCUGCUCCUGUUCUGA